AUGCCAGAUCGCUCUGCGGCUGCACAGGUGCAAACUUCUUUUGACCUUGUCCAUCUUCGUGAAGCGGUCGGGGCUGGUUCGGCAGAGGCUGUGGCUUUCAGUGAGGAGGUGAGUCGUUCGUUGGUUGGUGCUCGGAUUGACACACCGCAGGCCCUCAAUGAACAUGUGCUGCCCAUCUUGGCACGGCACUUUCCUAAGGCUUUGGGACAGGCACGGGCUCGGCCGUGGCAGCAUCAUGCACUUCAGGCUCGGUAUCCUCGUCUCUGGCAGCUGCGUCGAGCCCUUGGCGUGGGUCCUCCACCUGGCCUGCACCGUCUUUCUGGCCAUGUUCUCAGGUACUGGCGUCUUCUUGUGAUCUAUCAGCGGGAGGCGAGGGAGGCCAAGCACGCUAGCCGUGCACUUCGCAAACAAUACCUGCGUGAUGAACUUCGGCAGGCGGAAAAUGCCUAUCAGAGAGGUGAUCAGAAAGGGCUCUUCGAGGUUAUGCGACGGCUUGCACCUAAGCAGCGAAGAGCAAAAGUUCAGCUGCGCGGCGAAGAUGGCCGAAUUCUCUCGAAUGCCGAGGAGCUGCGUGUCUUCACUGAGUAUUGUCGGGGCCUCUUCUCACAAGGGCGAUGCGUUGCCACAUCCAGUCUCCUUGGGCAGCCUUUUAAGUUGGAAGCAGAUGCACUUGAACAACAUAUGCGCAAGCUUUCCAUCUACAAGGCGGUUCCGGCUCACACCUUGCCACCUGCUGUGUGGAAACUGUGCCGGCAGGCACUGGCGCCUGUUCUGGUCCAACUUGCAGAUAAGGACACGGGGGGCAAGAUCGUCUCGAAACACCUUGCAUCGCUUCUCAG